AUGUUCUCACAGGCCUUCCCAGGAUGGAAAGUGGCCAAAACAAGUGAGGAUUCGAUAGCGGUGACGCCCGAGAACAAGAAUGAGUACGUGGAGACGUAUGUCGACUGGCUCUGCUACAUUUCGGUCCGUCCUCAAUUCGACGCAUUCCUGAAAGGGUUCCAUGAAAGCCAACUCUUUCCCGAGGGAGCCUUGUCUAUUCUCGGACCAAGCCUCCUCAAAUCAUACAUCGAAGGCACCGACACUUUCGACCUGAACGACUUGAAAGCCGCCACACGAUACGAUGGUUACGAUGCCAAAUCGAAAUACAUACAAAAUUUCUGGAGAGUCGUCGCAGCCUGGCCCGAGGAGAAACAGAAGCAGCUGCUGAAAUUUGUCACAGCCGCAGAGAGGAUACCGAUCACAGGGGUCAAAAAUCUGGUCUUUAUCAUCAAGAAGGCCAAUGUGGAGAACUUAGAGAACCUGCCGACGAGCUCGACAUGUUUUGGGACUUUGAUGUUGCCCAGGUAUGCAAAUGCGGAUAUAUUGCGAGAGAAGCUAGGGUUAGCAUUGAAGUUUGGGACUGAAGGUUUCGGAACUGGAUAG